AUGACCGACACCACUUCCUUCCCUCCUCUCAAGAACGAUCUUAUCAUCCGCGCCGCCCGCGGUGAAAAGACUGAGCGUGCCCCCGUCUGGGUCAUGCGUCAAGCCGGCCGCUAUUUGCCCGAGUUUCGUGCUGAGCGUGUGGAGAAUGACUUCUUCAAGAUCUGCCGCACUCCCGAGUUGGCCACCAAGGUGACCCUCCAGCCCAUUGAUCGUUACGACGGAUUAUUGGAUGCUUCGAUCAUCUUCUCCGAUAUUUUGGUCAUCCCCCAGGCCAUGGGCAUGACUGUCGAGAUGGUCCCCGGAAAGGGCCCCCACUUCCCUACCCCCUUGGUUGUCCCCGCAGAUAUGGCUGUUCAGUUGAAGGAGAAGGUUGAUGUUAACCAGGAGCUCCAGUACGUCUUUGACGCCAUUACCAUGACCCGCCAUGCCCUCAACGGACGUGUUCCCUUGAUCGGUUUCGUUGGCGCUCCCUGGACUCUUAUGGCAUACAUGAUUGAGGGAGGUGGAAGCAAGACGCUCUCGAAGGCUAAGGAGUGGAUCUUCAAGCACCCCAAGGAGAGUCACGAGCUUUUGAGUCGCAUUACCGAUGUCUGCGUUGACUUUUUGAUCGGCCAGGUCCUCGCCGGUGCCCAGAUGCUGCAAGUGUUCGAGUCUUGGGGAGGAGAGUUGGGACCUCACGACUUUGAGCACUUUUCGCUCCCUUACUUGGCACAGAUUGUCAAGCGCGUGAAGCUCGAGUUGGGCGAGAAGGCGGUUCCCAUGGCAAUCUUUGCCAAGGGAUCAUGGUACGCUCUCGAGAAGCUGUCUCUCAUUGGAUACGAGACCGUCUCCUUGGACUGGACCCACACCCCCGAGUCUGCCAAGGCAAUCACUCAGGGACGUGUGACUCUUCAGGGCAACAUGGAUCCCAACGUGUUGUACGGUGGUGAUGAGGCCAUUGUUGCUGCUGCAACGAGAAUGGUCCGUGGAUUUGGCUCGACGAGACGGUACAUUGCCAACUUGGGACACGGUAUCUUGCCCACUGUCCCAGUGGAGGCCAUGGAGCUGUUCUUGAAGACUGUCCACCGUGUUGGUUUGGAGGUUGCUGCUGAGGAGAAGGCCGCCGAGGAUGCCAACGAUAUGAAGAUCCUCGGUUAG